CUCUUGCUGGAACACCGCACCUCUACCCCAGCAGUGAUCUUGAGAUCCACAGGCAGAGACGUAAGCUGAGUGGGCACUGCUGUGCCCUGGAGCCUACCCAAGCAGGGAACACCUGAGAAUGCAGGGGAAAGGCCUUCUGCAGGAGGAAGACAGGUUGGCUGAGGUGCAGCUUUUGUUACAGCCCAGGUUUCCAGCAAUAAUAAAGAGUGAUAUCAAGCCUGCCCAGCAUGAUGAAGGCCUCAUCUGUCAAGAACGAUCAGAGUAAUAACAGUGACGAAAUGUGGCAAGCUUCCAAACAGUUUAAUAAUGAGGUCCUGAAGGCCCACAACGAGUACCGGGCCAAGCAUGGUGUCCCGCCACUGAAGCUCUGUAAGAAGCUCAACCAGGAAGCUCAGCAGUAUUCAGAAGCCCUGGCCAGCACAAGAAUUCUCAAACACAGCCCAGAGUCCAGUCGUGGCCAGUGUGGGGAGAACCUUGCAUGGGCAUCCUACGAUCAGACAGGAAAGGAAGUGGCUGACAGGUGGUACAGUGAAAUCAAGAGCUACAACUUCCAGCAGCCGGGUUUCACCUCAGGGACCGGCCACUUCACAGCCAUGGUGUGGAAGAAUACCAAGAAGAUAGGCGUGGGGAAGGCGUCUGCGAGUGACGGGUCCUCCUUUGUGGUAGCCAGAUACUUUCCAGCGGGGAAUAUUGUCAACCAGGGCUUCUUUGAAGAGAAUGUCCCACCUCCAAAGAAGUAACUAACACCACCAAACGUAAUGAGAUGGAGACGCAUUUACCAAGUGCCUGUUGAACCACAAAAAGCCAGGAAGUGUCUGUCCCUGGGGUGUAUGUACUUCUGUGUUUACCUGUGAGCAUCUCCUGUGACAGCUGCACUUGAGCUCAUUCUGAUUAAAGGAGGGGCAUCCGAAACAUUUAUCCAGAAGGUUAGCUAGACCGUAAUUACUCAGACUACGUAAGAUUAAUUCUGAUAUCUUUUUUCUGGUUUUAGUUUAGUUUUUUGUUUUUUGUUUUUUGUUUUUUGUUUUUUUUGUUUUUUUUUUUUUUGUUUUUUUUUUUUUUUGUUUCAAGGCAAAGUUUCUCAGUGUAGCCUUGGCUGUCCUGGAAUUUGCUCUGCAGACCAGGCUGGCCUCGAACUCAGAGAACUGCCUGUGCCUGGUUUUUUUUUUUUUUUUUUUUCUGUUUUUUUGGUUUUUGUUUUUUUUUCUUUUUCUUUUUUCUGUUAUUUUUAAAGCAGACUUCAUCUGAAACGUUCUUGCUUCUAAUGUCCAUCCCUGGACUUUGUGUGUGCUGAAUAUUUGCCGUCCUGAGAAGUGAGGUCCUUUCAUGCGCUCUUCCUGUGUUGUAAUCUUUUUGGUAGAUAUUGAAGCUAUCAAAACGUCCUUUGGAUGUGACAUAAUGCAGCUUGCAUUAGAAAUAUGUGGCCAGCUGCAUUUUACAGGAUCAGUGAGAUUUCUCAUUCUCAGUCGGAAGACAUGAUAUCACCCUGCAUCCUCCGGGAUUCCCUAAUGGAAUUGCCAAAAAGCAAAUGAAGGAAAAAGGAGCCUUAGAGCCUUGAAAUUUUUCAACCUUUAAAGAGCAAAUACUACAGCCACUAUUUUGUUUUGUUUUGUUUUUGUUUUUGUUUUUGUUUCUAAGUUUCAGUGCUCACAGCUCCACUUUGGCCUCUGGGGGGCGGGGCUGGGUCUGGAAUGCAGCCCAUCCCCCACUCUCAACGAGGCGGCCGUCCCGCUGCCUGGGCUCUUGGCCAAAGCCUUGGACCACGAAGUCAGUAGAGCAGAAGCUUCAGUUGGGGGCCCUGGAGGAAGCCCCACGGCCAGUAUCCUUCCCCAACCCUGCAGGCGGUGACCACCCAGGCCCGUCCCGCGGCAGCUGUGGUUGUUACAGCGGCGCCUUGGCUUCUUCCCGGAAUGUGUUACAAGCCCAAAUGCCCCCGGGAGGAGGCCCAAACAAGAUUAGGAACGCUAAUUUGAUCCUGUGUUUUGCCUCAAACUAGACACAGUUCCCUCAGAAGAGCUGAUUAACCAGGUCCACCGGGGAGAGACCAACUGCAGAUCCCUGAACUGGUGGUAUCUCCUUCUGCAAGGCGAUAAAGGGGUGGUUGGCCUAAAUGACAGCAAGGCUGGCUGGUCUUUGUUACACUGUGAACAGUCCCGCACUGCGCCACUUGGUUCAUCCAGGGAUAGCGACUAACGAGACAAUAAAAAAAUCCUUUCCUUUUUGUGUAA